AUGAAGCUGGGAGCUAGCCUUCCUGCUUAUAGAACUUUUGCUUUGGAGGAGCUUCAGGAAGCCACCCAUAACUUUGAUGAUUCAACAUUACUAGGUGAAGGUUCACAUGGACAGAUAUAUAGAGGGAAGCUCCCUGAUGGAACCUUUGUUGCUAUAAGAGGCUUGAAAAUGAGAAAGAGGCAGAGUCCACAGGUCUACACACACCUCCUUGAGCAGAUUUCAAAACUGAGACAUAGCCAUUUGGUUAGUGCUCUUGGACAUUGCUUGGAGUGCCAUCCAGAUGAUUCAGGCGUCAGUAGAGUAUUUCUUAUACAUGCCAUACAGGUUGCAAUGGAGAAAGGACCUCCAGGACGGAAGCUUACCUGGCCGCAGAGAAUAAUAGCUGCAAUUGGAGUUGCAAAGGGUAUUCAGUUUCUGCAUACAGGGAUUGUUCCUGGUGUUAAAUCAAAUAAUCUGAGGAUAAAAAAUGUCUUAUUGGAUCACGAUCUUCAUGUAAAAAUAAGCAGCUAUAACCUACCUCUUUUGGCUGAAAACAGGGGAACGAUGGGCACCACAGUUUCUUCUCCAGCACCAAAAGGAAGCGUUCAAGCGAGUUGGAGUUGCACAAAAUCUGAAGAAUAUAACCAUGAAAUGGUUGAAUGUUUCAACAACGGCUUCAAAAUGUUCCGAGAUUAUGCUUCGGUCUCACCAGACUACAAUUGGAGUGAAAUUGAUGUAGCUGGUGUCUGGGAGGUGCUGAAUAUGGGUGCUAAGGGAAUGGCUCAUCAUAGCCUCGUGCAUGCAACGAGGAGAAAGGACAAAGACAUGGAUCUUUUGAUGGACCUGUAG